AUGGAGCUUAGUAAAGAUAUGACAUGCAGGGAGCUUAGCAAAGAUAUGGCAUACAUGGAGCUUAGCAAAGAUAUGGCAUACAUGGAGCUUAGCAAAGAUAUGUCGCGCAGGGAGCUUAGCAAAGAUAUCACAUACAGGGAGCUUAGCAAAGAUAUGUCGCGCAGGGAGUUUGGAAAGAUAUCACAUAAAACAGAUCACAGUGGGACUGUUAUCCGGGGGACUCAUGACGUCACUAGCAUGGAUUUAACCCUCGACACCUCCCCCCUCCGACUGGUCUCUGACUUCACGCGGAAACGCCCGCGCCGCCACAGUGGAUCCGCCCACCACCAGACGACGCCCUUGGAUGUGGACAGCUACACCAGCCUAGACUCGCCCCUGCCCACCCCUUCACCCGACGGCCUUGACCUCUCGCCCUUCGACGUCAUCAAACGGACCGGCAUCGCCUGGGGCGCCCUGGAGUGUUCCAGAAAAAAUCGGACCGGAACCUCGCUCGCCGUCACGCCGCUGUCGCCCAGCUCCAUGUCGUCCUCGCCCCGGAGUCCUCCCCCCUCCCCGGGCACCGCUCGCGGUGCACCCCCCACCCCCUCCCAUCACGACGAGUGUGACGACACCGUCACACACCCCAGCAAGAUCAGACAGAAACUCUCCACGCCUCUCUCUCACGGUGCGGACCUCCUCUUAUCCUCCUCCUCCUCCUCCUCACAACCGGCAUUUGUUAGCCGGAACGAAGAGCCGGACCAAGACCUGACCCAGAAACUUUCACAUCACCAGAAACACAAACUUUCCAAACCCGGCGUCAACCUGGGCAGGAUCGAUACCGAGGUAUCGAAUAUGACACGCCAACACUUGGACCACGUAUCGAGUGGAUACCCGAAUCACCCGGGCCGGAUUCGACCGGCGUAUUCGUGUGAUAAGACACUGAGAUCGUCUUCUGUUUCGCCACCCGACUCCCCAUCCCCCGUCCCCUCCCCCACCAGGACACCUCAUCAUCUCCCCUACCCCCACGAACUGUUUGCCGCCUCUAAGUGUAACAACAGCGGGCAUUUCCUCCCCAUGGCCAAUUUAAUACGACCCUCGCAGCUUUCGCCCAAAGCCUCCAAUUUCAGCAUCGCCGCCAUCUUGGGCGGCAGCUGUGGGUCGGGGUCCGCCGGGUCACACGUGACCACGACGGGGCCGGGGGCCCGAGAUUACAGAUCAGGCGAUAGGGACUGCAGCCCACUAGAAGAUUCUGAACCCUCCACCCCCACGCCAUCCAUCACCCCGACCCCGAGCCUGACGUCACCGGGCGGGGACUGUGACGUCGACAUCGAGAUCGACGUCGGCAGCGACUCUGCCAGCGUCACAUCCGGUAAAGACACCGGAAGUAUCGGCGACCUGAAGCUGGCCGUGGACGGCGAGUCGCUGGACGAGACGACCAAGAUCAAGUGCCGCCUGGAGACCAAAGACCUCUGGGAUAAGUUUCAUGAGCUGGGCACGGAGAUGAUCAUCACCAAGACUGGCCGGUAA